AUGCGCCUGUUUACCCGCAAAAAUGGCGGCAGCGGCAGCGGCAGCGGGAGUGGGAGUGGGAGUGGGAGUGGGAGUGGGAGUGGGAGUGGGAGUGGUAGCGGUAGCGGAAAGUGCCUUGCCGUUUGGUCGACCAUCUCCAAGGAACUGACUAGCAAAUUCUUGGAAAGGGGCCAGUGCAACGAUGCUGCUCGUGCGGCCAUACGAUUGAUCUUUCACGAUUGUGGAUCUUGGGACAAAUCUCAAGGAGCCACUGGCGGCUGUGAUGGUAGUUUGGCUCUCUCCGAUGCCGAACUCGACCGUCCUGAGAAUGGGGGCCUGCGGCCUAUCGCCCAAGAUCUCAAGCGCCUUGCCGACCAGUACAAGGUCGAAGUUGCUGAUAUGAUUGUCUUUGCUGGCAAUCAUGCCAUCGUCACCUGCCCACGCGGACCUCGUGUGAAGACUUGGAUCGGUCGCAAAAGCUCUUCCACUCCCGCUCCGGAAGGGGGCCUUCCCGAUGUCAAGGCUGAUCCCGCUAUUCUUUCCAAUCUCUUCAAAGCUAAGGGCUUCGAUGACCGUGAUCUUGCAGCCUUACUUGGUGCCCACAGUACCUCCAAGCAAUUCGGCUUUGAUCCAAGCCAAAGCGGUAAAGGACAGGACAGCACUCCUGGCAUUUGGGACGUUAAGUACUACUCAGAAACGCUCAAGCCACCCAAAGGCGCUUUCGUCUUCCCGUCUGACAGCAAGCUCGCCAACUACCGUGACGUCGGCAAGGAGUUCAAAGGCUUCGUGAAUAACCAGGGAAAGUGGAACGGGAAGUUCGCUGAUGCUAUGGGAAAGAUGGCUUUGUUCGGCAGCGCCGGCACGAAGGGUAUGGUUGAUUGCACAGACGCGCUUCCACGGGAAACGAAUGCGAAGAGGGAGCUUAGGGCGAUGGACGUCUUUGCUCCCAGGAACUAA